UGCCACCAGCUGGACCCCGGGAGGGGGCGAGCAGUGCGGGGACAGCGGAGAAAUUUCCCUGCUCUGCUUGGGCCCUCCCCCAAACCCGAGCUAGCCGGGCGUGGGGCGGGUGGACUGAUCUCAGAGGAAUUGGCAGGAUCCGGGAGGCUGGGGAAGCGACCGGGAGCACAGACGCAGCCAUCGUGGCAGGGCUCCCGGGGUUCCCUAAAUACUGCUAGGGAAAAGCAGCACGCCUGGAACAAGCCGGCUGCGCCGCCCCCACUUGCGGCCGCGCGGGGAGCGUCCCGGGCCUUUCGGGGCGGGGCCCCAGGGGCGGGGUCGCAGGGAGCUUCAGGGCCCCAGCCGCGCCCAGAAUCGGGCCGGGAAGCCGGGAGGCGGCAGGAGGGGCCCGGACGGCCGAAUUGAGCGGCGGGCGCAGCUGCAGCAGGACGGCCCGCCGGCGGCUCGGGGCCGCGCGCCGGGAACCUCGCGGGGCGGGCGGGCGCGGCACCCCCUGCCUGGCCGCCAGCUCCCCGGGGAGGCGGCCCGCGCGCGACGGGACCAGCAGCAUGAGCAGCGGCUACAGCAGCCUGGAGGAGGACGCCGAGGACUUCUUCUUCACCGCCAGGACCUCCUUCUUCAGGAGAGCGCCCCAGGGCAAGCCCCGCGCCGGCCAGCAAGAUGUGGAGAAAGAUAAGGAAACCCACAAUUACCUCAGCAAAGAGGAAAUCAAAGAGAAAGUUCAUAAAUACAACUUAGCAGUCACCGACAAGUUGAAGAUGACCUUGAAUUCAAAUGGGAUUUACACUGGCUUCAUUAAAGUACAGAUGGAACUCUGCAAACCUUCACAGACUUCUGGAAAACUUGCUCCCAGUAGCAAUGGCUGUAUGAAUACACUUCACAUCAGCAGCACAAACACUGUCGGGGAAGUGAUCGAGGCCCUGCUCAAGAAGUUUCUUGUGACCGAGAGCCCUACCAAGUUUGCACUUUAUAAGCGUUGUCACAGGGAAGAUCAAGUCUACGCCUGCAAGCUCUCAGACCGGGAACAUCCACUCUUUCUGCGUUUGGUAGCAGGGCCCAGGACAGACACACUCAGUUUUGUUCUUCGUGAACAUGAAUUUGGAGAGUGGGAAGCCUUCAGCCUGCCAGAGCUACAGAAUUUCUUGCGGAUCUUGGACAAGGAAGAAGACGAGCAGCUACAGAACCUGAAGGAGCGCUACGCGGCCUACAGACACAAGCUGGAAGAAGCCCUCAGCGAGGCCUGGAAACCCGGGUCACAGGAAACGAUCCAUGUGAAUUGAAGGGCACAGGAAGCUAGGAGCUCUGAGGGGUUGGUGAAGGAUUUUGGAGGAGUCUGACAAAGAAAGUAAAGGGCAAGUUUGGAAGAAGGUGGGGUGGAAGUGGGGAGCCCUGAUGGGGGAGGUGUUUUGGGCAAGUGGAUGGUAGAGGAGAAGGUGAAUUCGCUUGUGGACGAGUUAAAAGCUUUCAGUUUAGAGACAUGAGAUCCAUUGUCAUGUUGCUUGACAAUAUGAGUGAGUAAAAUGUGGGAGCAGAACCAAAGAAAGUAGGAGCUGGACCAGAAGGAAGGACUAACUGCAGCUGAGCAGAGAAGGCAGGUGGAUCUUUGAAACAGGGACAGAGCCGCCCUCUCGGUGGACCAGCGCCCCUUCUGCCUUCCUUCCCGGAGUGGAAGGUCUGAUUGGUGCAGCUUCUCUGGGCCGAUGGGGCAGUGAGCAUCUGCUAUGACUCCCGUGAAGUGACAGUUUUCCCCCGAGGUCGUUUUCAAAGUGGAAAAGGAGUUUGGGGAGGAGGCACUCGCCCUGAUUGUUAGCAUCCGGGGGACUUGUCAGGUGAGGAGCUCCCAGUAUACUUGUGACAGUCACUCCCUCCUUUCCCUCGGUUUCCCUUUUGUCUUUCCCUCCCUUCUUCCUCCUUCCCUCUCCUCCCUGCUUUCCCUUCUCCCUUUGUCUUAUCAAUAGAAGUGCGAUCUUACAUAAUGUAGAACAGGGGUAUGGAUUAAAGACCCAGGACAGUCAGACCCUCAGUUCCAAAAGGGUGACCUGACUGUAAGGAGGUGGGCAGUGUCCACCCCCCAGCGGACCACACAGGAGGAGGGGUUCUUUAUGGAAACAUUUUAACAGAAAUGCAUGUUCCUGCAAACCAAAGAAAUGCAUGUGCAAUAAGAGCCUUCCUUAAAGCAGGUUAAUAACCUCACUUUACGCAGCAGUUAAUCUGAAAACAACAGGAAAGGUGUACUGUGCCAGUCUAUUUUUAGUUUAGAUAUUGUUUUUUUUUUAUAAAUUCCCAAGGAAUUGUUAACACUUUGGUGACACCUAAUGGAUUCUUUUUGAAAUUCCAAGGUGCUUCAGUUCUUUGCCUCUUAAGUGAACUGUGCCUUUUUUAUUGCAUUUCUGUUCCCUUCUUGGUGGCUCUUCUGACUUUUCAGAGAACACCCGUCUUGCUGGAGGCAGAUGUAAGUGUCGCUUCUACUGUGCCGCACACGUACUGAGACAAUCAUAUCUUCCUAAGCUUUUUAAGGAAAGUUGGAAAGAAAAAAAAAAGGUAGAAAUAGCUAUAAAAUAUGUAUGACACAUCUUGUUUAAUUUUGCAUGUAAGUUCUUUUUAGUGCAUCAGUGAGGUUUUAGUGACAUUGUCAUCCAACGCUUUUACCUUCAUUGUUCAGGGAACGCCUUCAUGAUUUUCAUACUGGUUUUACUAUUCAGAUGAUGGCUUGGGUGUGAGUAUACUGUUAUCGACCACCUGGUCUUUUAAUUACCCAUCCCAGUAAGUUCAUAUUUUGUGAAGCCUUUGUUUCUCAGAUGAAGACACUGUUAGAACCUUAAAGUAGUAGCUGAUGGGUAUCUGUGAAAAAUUUUUUUUUUUUUUUUACUUGAAGUAGAUUGUCUAAAUUAGGCAUCCUCGUCUGUAUUAUCCAGGACCUCGCUCAUUGUCAUGUGCACUACAAGUUGCAAUUUGGAAAACUUACUGUGUUGAAAUUCUGUCGGUUCGUGGUUCUUGAAGACCGACGGUCUCUCCCAAACACUGGUGACUGCAGCAGCAUUUUUAAUGUGUAAAAGGCCACUGAGGCCAAAGAUUUUUAAAAAUCAUUGUACAAAUUCUUAUGUUAAAUUAAACUAUCUAAGUUUUGCUGUAAUACUGUUUUCUCUUCAAUAUGUGAUGGUACAGGAACGAGGUUAAAUGAAGCGGUAGUAUUGCAGGGGAGCAUUUUAAAUUGCAGAAGUAAAAAAAUUAUAAUAUUUAUAAUUUUGAUGAGUUUAUUUUUAUGGGGAAGAGUUUGCUUCCCUAAAAUUGUUUCUGGUAUGGCAAAUCGUUUCCAUUAUUAAAAGUUGAAGUUGUUAGUUGA